AUGAAGCUCACAUCAUUGUAUUACAUCGCGGCUCUCGCUCCCAUUUUUUCUCAGGGAUGUCUUCUCCCAGAAGAACGGGAAGGAAAACCAAGAGUCGUUCGUCGUCAAACUAGUAACGGCGUACCAAUCGGAACUGGUGAUCGCUACAGCGCUGGUACUAUUGCACCACGAGGUGUGGGAUCUCAAACCACCACUUUUACCACACUCUUGAACGUCAACGAGAUCUCAAGUGGACUCAAAGCUCUUGCGACUGUAUACGGUAUCACCACUUUCACCACCCCAUACAAAACAUAUAAUGGUGCUUCCAUUACUGGCGCUAAAGUUGGAGGUAAUGGAACAUGUGAUGAUGCAAUUCGCGUGUAUUUGAAUGCAGCGAUUCACGCAAGAGAGCGAGGUUCUUCUGAUGGCUUGUUGUUCUUUAUUAGUGAUCUCUUGUAUGCAAACAAGAAUGGUCUCGGUUUGAAAUUCGGUUCAAAGUCUUAUACCAAUGCUCAGGUGAAGACUGCCUUAUCGACAGGAAUUGUGUUUAUUCCGCUUAGUAACCCUGAUGGUGUUGCUUAUGAUCAGUCCACCAACAGCUGCUGGCGUAAGAACCGAAACCCAGCAUCGGGAACUGGUACUUCUGCUGGUGUGGAUUUGAACCGUAACUUUGACUUUGUAUGGGAUUUGACCAAGUGGGCUUCAAGCGUUCGAAGUGAUGUUGCAUCUUCCAGUCCUUCUUCUGAAGUGUUUCAUGGUACCGCCGCUUUCUCAGAACCAGAAACCAAAAGCAUCAAAUGGGUAAUGGACACCUACUCCAAAGUUCGCUGGUUCAUCGAUCUUCACUCUUACACCGGUGACGUUCUCUACUCCUGGGGAAGUGACACAAACCAAGCCUCCUACCCCACCAUGAAUUUCCUCAACACGGCCUAUAACUCAGUCCGCGGAAUCGUAUCUGAUACUCCUGGUUCUGGUUCCGGCUACGGUGAAUACUCACCUACAGCCGAAGCUACCGCGAACAAAGCUGCUGCUACAAAGAUCGGUGCAGGUAUGAGUGCCGCUGCUGGACGCACAUACUCUGUUAUCCCAGCUGCGGCAUUAUAUCCAACUAGCGGCGCUAGUGAUGAUUAUUCUUACUCCAGACAUUUUGCUGAUACGACCAAGAAUCUUAUCCAUGGUUAUACUAUUGAAUUUGGAUUUGGAAACUCGGCAUCUAGUUGUCCAUUUUACCCCACCCAAGCUCAGCAUAACUACAAUUUGCAAGAGAUUGGAGCUGGUUACAUGGAGUUUUUGCUUGCUGCUGUUAGCUUGGGAUUGGGUGACGCUACGACUUGCUAG